GAAUCAUCUACAAUUUAAGAAGGUUAAGAAAUGGAAAACGGGAACGCGAGCAGAGACCUAAGAAAUAAGGAUAUUAAUUGGUCCAGAUAUGGACUUGGAACAGAGGCAGCCAGGGUUAGAGGUAACACAAGUGGUUUUGUUGAUUUGUCAAAUGAUUAUGGUGCCGGGGGUCAUCAAGCAUCAGGGGCUAAUGAACUAUUUGCAGAGGAACAAGGAGAUGUGCCUUGGUGGAAAUCUAACUUUUUUAUAUCCCAACCGGUUUUGUUUGGAACAUGGGAUGGUGUUUUCACAUCUUGCUUAAUUAACAUAUUUGGUGUGAUAGUAUUUUUACGAUCAGGAUGGAUUGUGGCACAAGCUGGAGUCUUUAGUGGCAUUUCUAUAGUUUUAUUCUCAGUGUUCACUGCCUUGAUAUCAGUGCUUUCAGCGGUAGGAAUAUGUGAAAGAUGUAGAAUAGAGUCUGGAGGCGUCUAUUUUGUUAUAGCACAUACACUUGGAUCAAGAUUCGGGGGAUCACUUGGUCUAUUAUAUUGUUUUGGCCAGGCCGUUGGUUGUGCACUCAAUGUUCUUGGUUUUGGAGAGUCAAUGGCUGAACUGAUCGGUCUUGGUGACUCAAAAUGGGCUGUACGAUUAGUUGCCAUAGCAGCUGUACUUCUUUUAAGCAUCAUUAACGUUGCAGGAGUUAAAUGGGUUAUUAAACUGCAGUUUAUCCUGUUGUUGAUAUUGCUCUCCGCGGGGCUAGAUUUUAUGGUUGGCAGCUUUGUACAUACAGAGGAAGAUAAAGGUGUGGAAGGUUGGGUCAGCGACAAUAUGGAGAAAAAUAUGUGGUCCAACUAUACCGAAGGGUACAGUUGGUUUACAGUUUAUGGAGUGUUUUUUCCUACAAUAACUGGAGUUCUAUCUGGUAUCAACAUGAGUGGAGACUUAAAAGCACCAUCGACGAACAUCCCAAACGGUACAUUAGCUGCAAUCGGAACAGCAACCUUUCUCUACCUCGUUUUUAUAUUGUUCUUGGGAGCUACGUGUACAAGAGCUAUUCUUUUAACAAAUUUUAUGAUAGCUGAAGAUGUAUCUGUCAUUGGAGUUUUAUUUCUAGCCGGGCUUUAUGUGUCAUCUAUGUCAAGUUGCUUAGGAGCUAUGUAUGGCACCCCUAGAGUGCUACAGUCAAUUGCGUUAGAAAAUGUUAUACCUGGAAUAGGAUCACUCGGAAAAGGGAGAGGACCAAACAAAGUGCCCUUAUAUUCAAUGGCUGUAGUAGCUAUUGUGACUUUUACUUUUAUAUUUAUUGGGGAAAUAAAUACAUUAGCUCCCAUAGUAACAAUGCCUUUUCUAUUAACAUACGCUUGCAUCGACUAUGCUUACUUCGCGCUAGCACAAACUUUUGAUAUACAACAUCAAAGGGAACAGAGAUUCCACAGGCCCAGGGUUCAGCAGACUUUAUGCGAAGACAGUGAUUUGGAUAGACUGUUUCCUGAACGCACAAGACAUAAAAAUCUCAGGGGCGAAUCGAGUUCAAAUUCAAUAAGUAGUCCUGAAGAAAGUAGUGAACAGACACCUAUAGCACCAAAAAUCAAUAUUCACUCCAAGCAGAAAAACUGGUAUUCAAAUUUGUGUAAUAGAUGGCUAUCUUUAUUUGGCGCUGCCUUAAAGAUAGUUAUAAUGCUGUUAGUUAACUGGUACUAUGCUCUGGCUUGCAUGAGCGUAGUCUUUUUAGUGUGGCUGUAUAUAGGAACAGCCAACCCUGCUGUUAAACCAGGACUAGCCUUCGAGUUCCACUUCUUCAGGUGGCUAAAGAGUCUAAUACUCAGAUGCAUGGGAAGGCGUGUCACGGAUUAUGAACAAAUCAUCGUUACUCCAGUUCAUCCUGGCCUGGACGUGACCUCUUCUCAGUUAAAUGAAGACAAUGAAGACUUUUCAAAUAGGAGAAGGUAUCAUCAAUCAGCUACAGUUCACGGCCAUUUGGUGAAUAUCGUUGAUUAAUUCAUUUAGAAGAUUCUGGAGUUUUUAUUUCAUAGUUUUUUAAUGUUCUAAGAGCCAAAUAUCAGUUGCUAACAUGUUUAAUAUAUUUCAUAUAAUUUUUUUCUUAAAAUUAAUGCAAUUUCUACUAAGCACAACAAACGUGAUAUAUAUGGUUAUUUAUAUGGAAAAGUUUAUAUAGUCUCAAUGGAGAGUUUACUUCUUUAUUCCUUAGGAGUCGGUGUGAUUUGACGAUUUUUUUAUAUAAAUUCUUAUUCUAAUUCUAAUUUAAUAUUUUUAUUGGGAACAAGCCACAGUUUUACUUAAAAAUAAGUUUAUUUUGUCGUUUCGAUUUCCAUUCUGGAAAUCAUUCCCAAAAUACAAAUUUAUUUUGAUAACAGUUUCCGAAAUAGAAGUCGAAUCGUAAAAAUAAACUUAUUUUAAAGUAAAACUGUGUCUUAUUUCCAGUAAAAAUAGUAAAUUGUAUUAAGACUCCACAAGAAAAUAGCUUCAGAACAAUAUAAAUUUUUAUAUAUUGUUUGAAUAGAAUUUGAGUGUAAAAAUACUUAUAUUGUCUACUACUAUUUAUAUAGAAAUAAUUUUUUCAUGAUAUUUAUUAAACUCUUAAUAGUAAGGAAUUAAAAAUGUUGGUAUAUUUUUUAUUUUAUGAUUACUCUAAAGUUUUAUAGUCGGACAAUUUUCAAUUAAAGGUGACUUAUCUACAAAUUGAACUAAACGAUAACGGCAACCAUGUUAAAUGUCAGUAGUAAAUUCUUACCGGGGUCUUUUUAUUGUGUAUGCUUCGCCCAUGUAAAUAAGUGAAAAAGUAAGAUUAUUAAUUCACACCUAUAUAUAAGGUUCUUGAACUCUUAAGUGGAGCAUAGAGCUUCAGUGAAAACGCUCCAUCGGGUUCUAUUUUGCGCUAAGGCCUUCACCUCAUUCCAAUACUUUCCUUGGCCUCUUAUCUCGUCCAUUAUGGAUCUUCUCCAAGUUGGUACUGGGCGACUUCUUUUUCUUUUCCCUUGGGGAUUCCACUCUAGGGCAGUCUUUGCGAUACUGGAACUAUUUUUUCGGAGUGUGUGACCGAUCCAACCCCACUUUCUGGUCUUAAUUUCAUUUUAUACCCUCUUUUGUUCGGUCAGGUGUAGCAGAUCUUCGUUUCUGAUGGUGUUAGGCCAGAAUGUACGGACAAUCCUUCGUAGACAUUUGUUAACAAAGACCUGCAGUUUGUCUGUGAGGGUGUUUGUCACUUUCCAGGUUUCACAUCCGUAGAGUAGAACACACAUGACAUUUGAUCGGAAUCUUUGUCCUUGUAGUAUACUCGCCAGAUCUCCAAACAGGGUUGAGCGUGCUGAAAGCUUGUUGGACUUUUCGUAUCCUCAUACGAAUAUUGUUUUCUGUACCUCCGUUUUCUGUUAUGACACUUCCAAGAUACGUAAAGUUUUCCACAUUGUCAAUCUGCAUAUUGUCGAUAGUAAAUAGCGUGUUGUUCCUUGCAUUUAUUCUUAUGGACUUGGUUUUACUAAUAUUUAUUUUCAAACCUAUUUUAUUGGCUUCAGUGGAAAGUGUUUCCAAUUGGUAGGCCAGAUCUUGGAACCUCUGACCUAAUAGGCAGAUAUCGUCCGUGUAUUCUAGAUCGCUUAGGCGUGUGGUUAACAUCCAUUGUAUCCCUCUUGUGUCGGAGUCUAGUUUGGAGAGAACAUAGUCUAUAGCUAUGUUAAAAAGAAAUGGAGAAAGCACGCAUCCCUGUCUAACUCCAGUAAGUACGUCGAAUUGGUCACUGUUGAUCCCAUUGUGUGUCACGCUGCAUUUCGCAUCAGUAUAUAGUGACUUUAUAAUAGAAAUUAUUUUUUGUAAUUCACACCUAGGAACAUUUAAAAGAAUAAGUAAAAGUUUAUUCGGUCUGUAAUAUCCAAUGUCAUUUAAUGGUUUAUUUGAUUUAUGCAAAUCAUUUUAAAAAUUAUAAUCCUAUAGUUUAGGCCCGGAUUAAUAAGGAACUUGUUUAUUUUCUCAUAUCAGAAUGAGAAAAGAAAGAACAAGCUGGUUUUAGAAAAGGAUUCAGCACAAGUGACCAUUUACUAAGUAUGAAAAUACUUACAGAACGAGCAAAUGAAUACCACUUUACUCUAUAUAUGGCGUUCACAGAUUUCGAAAAGGCUUUCGACAGUGUCGAACAUUGGGAAGUGAAAAGUUCUUUGAUUAACAGCAGAAUUGACCGCAGAUAUAUGGAACUAAUAGCUAAUAUAUCUAAGGAAGCCAAAACAACAAUUGUAUAUGAAGGAACAAAAUCAAUACAAAUAAAUAGAGCCGUGAGACAGGGUGAUACAAUAUCACCGAAACUUUUCAAUCAGGCUCUGGAAGAUUCUUUUAAAAGAUUAGAAUGUGAAGAAAAAGGUAUAAAAAUUUGUGGAUAACGCUUGAACCAUCUAAGGUACGUUGAUGACAUCGUAUGGAUACCCGAUAAAAAAGAAGCAUUAUUUGAAAUGAUGAAAGAACUGGACGUAGAAGCUGGAAAGAUAGGCCUUAAUAUGAAUUACAGCAAGACCAAAACCAUAACAAAUACAGAUGAAGACAUCACAAUGAGAAUCGGACAAGAUGAAAUAGAACAAGUUCAGGAUUGUAUAUAUCUGGGUCAAACUAUAAAACUUAACAAAGAAAACCAAACAGCAGAGAUAAAAAGACGAGUUAGACUGGCAUGGGCGGCAUUUGGCAAACUAAGCUACAUUCUUAAAAACAAAAGAUAUCCACAGCAUCUUAAGACCAAAGUAUACAAUCAAUGCGUACUCCCUGUUCUUACUUAUGGUUCCCAAACGUGGACAUUUACAAAAACAACAUGGACAAAAUCAUAAAAACCCAAAGAGCAAUGGAAAGACAAAUGUAGUACAUAAGACUAAUGGAUAAAAAGAGAAACGAGUUGAUAAGAGAGAAAACAAAAGUGAGGGAUGAUAGACAAGAAGUUGCAAAAUUGAAAUGGAGAUUUGCCAGACACAAUAUAAGACAAAAAGAAGACCGAUGGAACAAAAUUCUAUAAGUUGGAGACCGUGGGAAUAUAAACGAAGCAGAGGAAGGCCCCAAAUGAGAUGGGCAGAUGAUAUCAAGAAGCACGUGGGCUCUAGGUGGAUGACUGUAGCGACAGACAGAAAAGAAUAGAAAAAGAUUGGGGAGGCCUAUGUCCAAAGAUGGACCGAAGAAGGCUAAUUAGAUAGAUAGAUACAGAUUCGUAUUACCUAGGGUGUAUCUGUUCGACUUAAAAGAAAUAUUUUUAAAAGGUUUUAUGUCAAUUGUAUAAAAAUACAUAUUUUUUAAAUAGCUCUUAUAUAUUUUACUACAAAUGUAUUCAGAUAAUAAUGAAACUAAAGAACAUAUAAAAAAUACUCGCUACUCUUAAAAAUAAAACAUCUAUAGGUAUAGUGAUAAUAUCCGAAAAGAAAAAAAAAAUAAAAAGACAAUUCAUGUGAUAUUAAAACGUGGUACGAUCUAAAUGUAGGUGGUUACUUAUGUAGUUAGGGAGAUACAGAGUGUCUAAUAAAGAUACAGAGUGUCAAAAAAUAAUACUGAUUUUUUUCAUCAUUAUUUAUUUUUUAUCUAUUUAUUUAAAUAUUCGUUGAAAAGUUCUUUGUUGACUGAAUUAUCACAAAUCAAAAUUAUUUUAAUGCAAAAUUAAUAACGAAACCCACUCUUCUGGUGACACUCAAUCUCUAGAUUAUUUACAGUUUUAAAUAGCCAUAUAGUAUUUAUAAGACUUUAAUAUUUUAACUUUGACUGAUUUUGUUUUGGUUAACAUGAGAAAAAUAUUAUUAGAAUAACGCAUGAAGACUAUUCAUUACAUAUACAUAAUUUGUUUUAAUUGUGCAAAAAAUGUACUGAAAAAUUGCCUUUUCUGCUAUGUGAUAAGUCAGAUGAAAACUCCAGCAUUUCAAAUGUUAUCGUGUAUACAUUCAGCCUUUUUUAUUGUAAUAUAUGUAAAUGUAUUUUUGCAAUACAUUAAUUUUAUUAAAUAACUAAUUUAUU